GAAGAUUCAAGAACAAAGGUUGCUCUGUUUUUUUAUUGAUGGGUAUCAUCUCAAAUCUAAGAGGACCAAAAACCCAGCAACAAGGGUUGCCCCUCUCCAAUACUUUGCCACCUUCUUCGUCAUCGGCUUCCAACAAAAGGAAAUGGUGCAGUUUGAUGCCUUUGGUUGUGGCCCUUGUGGUCAUAGCUGAAAUCGCGUUUCUGGGUCGUCUUGACAUGGCCAAAAACGCUGCCUUUUUAGAUUCAUGGCCUGAGAUGUUCCACAAAUCACACUCCUCUGCCGGCGAUCGGGGCUUGGUGAAAGAGAGUUGUGAGGAGUGGCUUGAAAGGGUAGAUGCCGUGACUUAUUCAAGGGAUUUUGCCAAGGAUCCCAUCUGGGUUUCUGGUGCUGACCAGGAGUGGAAAACUUGUGGUGUGAGUUGUACGUUUGGAUUUGAUCCCAGUAAGAAACCAGAUGCUGCCUUUGGUUUGUCUCAACAAUCUGGAGUAGCUACCGUGCUGCGCUCAAUGGAAUCGGCUUCGUACUAUUCGGAGAAUAAUAUUGCUCAGGCACGACGGAGGGGUUUUGAUAUUGUAAUGACGACUAGCCUUUCAUCGGAUAUACCUGUUGGAUACUUUUCAUGGGCUGAGUAUGAUAUCAUGGCACCGGUGCUGCCGAAGACUGAGAAGGCCCAUGCAGCUGCUUUCAUUUCUAACUGCGGUGCCCGCAAUUUUCGUCUGCAAGCACUUGUUGGGCUUGAAAAGGCAAAUAUCAAGAUUGAUUCUUAUGGCAGUUGCCAUAGAAAUCAUAAUGGAAUUGUGGAAAAAGUUGAAGCUCUGAAACGCUACCAGUUUAGCUUGGCUUUUGAGAACUCCAAUGAAGAGGAUUAUGUGACCGAAAAGUUUUUCCAGUCUCUUGUUGCAGGAACCAUACCUGUUGUGGUUGGUGCUCCAAAUAUUGAAGACUUUGCACCAUCUCAAGAUUCAUUUUUACAUAUCAAGGAAUUGGAGGAUGUUCCAUCAGUUGCCAAAAAAAUAAAAUACCUCGCAGAAAACCCCGUUGCGUAUAAUCAAUCACUAAGGUGGAAGUACGAAGGACCAUCUGAUUCAUUCAAGGCUCUCGUGGAUAUGGCUGCAGUUCAUUCGUCAUGCCGUCUGUGCAUUCAUUUGGCAACAGUCAUCCAAGAGAAAGAAGAAAAGAGCUCCAACUUCAAGAGACGGCCCUGCAAGUGUACCAGAGGGUCGGAAACCUUGUAUCAUAUAUACGUAAGAGAGCGAGGGAGGUUUAAGAUGGAUUCUGUUUUCUUGAGAUCUGGGAAUUUGACUCUCGUGGCGUUGGAGGCAGCAGUGGUUAUGAAGUUUAAGUCUCUGAAACAUGUGCCGGUUUGGAAGGCGGAAAGACCCGAAAGCAUCAGAGGAGGGGAUGAACUAAAAGUAUACAGAAUAUAUCCAGUUGGCUUGACACAGAGACAAGCUUUAUAUACCUUCAAGUUCAAAGGGGGUGCUGAUCUAAGGAGUCACAUUGAGAACAACCCUUGUCCCAAGUUUGAAGUCAUAUUUGUGUAGAUUGAAUAGACAGAUUACCUGUAAGAAUAUCAUAUAUUUGUAAUCAUUGAUAGGGAUGAGGAUGGUUAUAGUUUU